AUGUCAGAGGACAUACCUUUCCAGGAUGCCGUCUUGGAAUUGGUGAAAGUGGUUCAAACAGCGUUAUACAUAAUUGGAGAUUUUCCGUGGGAUUUUGUCGAUGGUUUAUUGUGCGAUUCAACCGAGAGCGCACUGAGAAAAUUCAACAUUGAAACCACUACCCUAGAAGAGUUUGGAAAAAGUGUACAAAUCGAUAGGUUGAGAUAUUUAUGGAGAGGAAAGGAGGCGGUUGAGUCCGACUGGUUUCAUGGUGGGAGAGAGUUGGGAAAAAGUUUUUUACGCGGAGCGAAAACCGGAGGUGCAAUAAAAGAGGGAGUUCGAGGAGUUACUGGAUCCCUUUCAAAUUUGGUAGACCGGGGCGGGUCCCCAAUAGAGAAGAUAGUUAACCUCCCCUCAAAAUCACUAUCAUUGCCUCCCAACUGGAGUUGGCGAGGCCGAGGAAAGCGCAAACGAUCGGGGAUCGCUGGGCGAAGAAUGAGAAAUUCGGAGGGGAGAAAAUCCAGAGUUGACCAGUCAAUCUCGAAUAACUUCGUGAACUCGAAAUUACUAACCGUUCCGCAGAUCGAGUACGAGAGCACGGACACCGAAGCUUCAGCCCAACCUGAUAUGGAUGCGGAAUCAGUGUCUUCGUCUGAAGAUGAAACGUGCGACUGGCAAAAACGAGAAAGGUCAUGUUCCGUGGGUACAUAUGAAAAGCCAACAUCAUCUUCGAUAUGUGAGCUCAGAAGAUCAAAUUCAUUUGCUACGUUGGAAAUGGCUAGAAAACAGGGGGUGCGAGAAUUAUCUAGCAGACGAACGAUUGACAUGGACAUUCAAACUUACAUGAUUUAUGAAAAUCUCAAACAAAAGGAGGUAUCACUGAAGGGUUUAGUGGAACGGUUGGAGUCAAUCGUUAAAGAAUACGAUGAUCAGAUUGAGCAAUUAAAUAACGCUUAUGACAUUCGAUACGAAAAAUUUAAGUCGACAGAGAUGAAUGGCCUGGCCGUCUUAUCAAAACAGAAAAUGGUUUCCAAGUCAAUAAACCAAAUUAAAGACCACAGCGGAAAACUCAACUAUGAAAUAGGAGUGUUGGAGGAUAAAUUGAAGGAAGCCGAGGAUUUGGUGAACCGGUUUUGCCUCAAGGUUCAAGUCUUGGACUCAAAAAUGACUCAAUCGCAACGAUCGAUUCGAGUUUUCUAUGAUCUUUGGAACUACAUUUUUGAUCAAUUGAGGGUCAUCGCACCCCGAUUUUAUAAGAAGAGAACCGAAGGAGAUGAUGAAUAG